AUGGCCUCAAACAAGGUAGAAGGGACCUAUAUCCCUUUUUCUGAAGCCAUAAAGGUCACGAAAUUGGAUUCCCACACGUAUAAAGUCUAUCUUAACGAGGCCUUCUGUCUGGGUACAGUUCCAAAUGGGGGUUAUGCAGCCUCGUGUAUGCUCGCCGCGGCAAGUACGCACCUCUCCUCACGUAACCAAUCGGACACGCUCACUGCACACUUUGAGUAUCCUAACCGAACGGCCGUUGGGCCUGCUAUCGUGGCAAUCGAGGAGGUGAAACUGGGCCAGCAAUUAUCCACACUCCAUUUGACUCUCUGGCAAGACGGACUACUCUCACAAGCACCGUGGAUCACCCCGUCCGUCUCGCGACGUACCGUGCUCGCUUAUACAACCCACACGGAUUUGCGGAGCUUCGCUGGUAUCUCGCUACCCACAGGCUACGAAGGAACGCCCGCCGCGGCGCUUCCUCCCCUACCAGACUUCAAGGCGCUUAAGACCAUCGGCAGCGACGACGCUUGGGAGGAGUCCAAGGUUCCCGGGCCCUCCAGGUUUGUACGCUCGUUGUUGAAUUGGCACUUCUACCUUCCUCGCGCAGGCGCUAUAACGCCCGGAGUCCUGGAUAUGUGGAUUCGGCUGGCGAGCGGGGAGUGUAUCACGCAGAGCGCCUUGGCGUACGUGGCGGACUCGUUCCCGUUCAACCUACAUCUAUUCCUUGCGGCACCCGAGCUGCGUCAACUUCUAGAGUCGCAGCAGGACCCGGGCGAGACGGCAGAGAAGCAGGCCCGGCGUGAGGAGCUGAAAGAGAAAAACAAACAACGCGCGGCCUUAUGGUUCCCAACUGUGGUAAUGAACUUAGAAGUGAAGACAGCUCUGCCGCAGGAAGGUGUUGAGUGGUUAGCUGUACGGAUCACAUCGAAGCAAAUCAAGGAUGGGAGGUUCGAUCUCGAUAUGUUGAUAAGGGACGUGGAGGGCGAGAUCGUGGCAUUGAGCCACCACGUUGCGAUGAUCUUAAGCGUUGAGAGGAAUGUUGGCAAACGGGACUCUUCGGGCAAGGCGGCGUUGUAA